CGAUACAGUAAAAUAGUUCACAGAGAUAUAUAUAAAAAGUUGCAGUUCAUUGAAGUAGAACUGAAAUUUUGAUGAUGUUAUUUUCGCACAACUAUAGCAGGUAUCUCCAAAUGAGCAACAUUAACAUGACCUUAAAAUUUUUUAUGAUAAUUAUGAGUGUCUUAACAGUAGUGAAUGGUUUGGAUAAUGGUCUGGCGAGAACUCCUCCAAUGGGUUGGAUGCAAUGGGAAAGAUUUAGAUGUCUAACUGACUGUGAUAAUUAUCCAGAUGAAUGUAUUAGUGAUAAAUUAUUUCGUGCUAUGGCAGACCAUAUGUUAUCAGAUGGGUAUCUUGAUGCUGGUUACGAAUACGUUAUUAUCGAUGAUUGUUGGUUCUCCCAUAAAAGAGACAGUGAAGGAAGAUUACAACCGGAUUCUGAUAGAUUUCCUUACGGUAUCAAAAGCCUAGCAGAUUACAUUCAUAGUAAAGGUUUGAAAUUUGGAAUAUAUGCAGACUAUGGUAUUUUUACAUGCGCUGGGUAUCCCGGAAGUUUGAAUCAUCUUGAAAUUGAUGCAAACACUUUCGCAGAUUGGGGAGUAGACUACUUAAAAUUUGAUGGUUGUUACUCAGAUUAUAUCACCAUUGAUAAAGGAUAUAUUGAGAUGGGCAAAUAUUUGAAUGCAACAGAUCGUCCAAUAGUUUACUCUUGUAGCUGGCCAGCUUAUCAAGAAUCAAACGAUAUGGAAUCUAACUAUACAGCGCUAGCUCAAACUUGCAACCUUUGGAGAAAUUGGGACGAUAUAGACGAUUCUUGGGAAAGCGUUUCAGAAAUUAUAUCGUGGUUUAGUACAAAUCAAGAUCGCCUGGCUCCAUUUUCUGGACCUGGACAUUGGAAUGAUCCUGAUAUGCUCAUCAUUGGAAAUUAUGGCUUAAGUUUAGAACAAUGCAAAGCUCAAAUGGCAAUAUGGUCGAUCAUGGCUGCUCCUCUUAUUAUGUCUGUGGAUCUACGGACGAUUGAUGCAGAAUUUAGGGAUAUUAUUCUUAACAAAGAUGCCAUUUCAGUAAACCAGGAUCCAUUAGGAAUUAUGGGACGAUUAGUACUAACUCGAAAUAAAAUAAAUAUUUGGACCAAGCCUCUUCAACCAAGAGAAGAUGGUCAACAACCUUAUGCAAUCGCUCUAAUGAGUAAUAGAACCGAUGGAUAUCCGUAUAAAAUUGGUUUCACUUUAACUGAACUCAAUAUAACAAAUCCGAAUGGAUUUCAAAUGAAGGAUGUGUUUGAAAAAAACAAUACACUUCCAUUUAUAACCGACGAUGAAAAAAUCUAUUUAAGAAUGAAACCAACUGGUGGUGCGCUGUUAGUAUUUACUCCUAUCGAAGAACAACUUAUUGUAGUUUGAAUAAAACAUUAUGUAUAUUUUGAUUUAUUCAAUUCCGCAAAUAUUAUAUAUAUAUAUAUAUAUAUAUAUAUAUAUAUAUAUAUAUAUAUAUAUAUAUAUAUAAAAUUGCUGUUUACUUAGUUUUUAGUCAAUCAUAAUAAUAAUUUCAUCGCUACUUAUUUUACUACUAUAACAUGGAUAUGGUGACAGCACUGAUUAUUUAUGUUAAUAUUUGCCUUUUUUAGUUUUCAUCCAGUAGCUCCAAUAGAAUGAUUUAACUAAAAGCUGAAAACACAAAAAGAUGCAUCUACUCUAUCUUUUUGAGUAGGUUCCAUAUAUGAUACACAAAUCAAGUGUAUAGUGCUGUAGCUCAAAAAGUAGCCUUUUACUCUAAGAUCCGACUUUUACCCAUUUGAUACCCAGAUGAGACGUAGUUUUUACUAAAUAUUAUUCAUUAAAAAAUAUGCCUUAUAUAAA